CUCUUGGGCAGCCCGUGGUGGGACAGCCAUCCUGGGGGCACGGAGCGCCUCGGCUACCAUGGGCUUCCUCCCUUCUGUCCCGGCAGACCCCAUUGUGAUUGCCCUGCUAGGGCUCCUGCUGUCCUGGGCGCUGUUCUGUCUUCUCACCCGGUCCAAAGAGCCGGCUGGGAAGUGGCCCCCGGGGCCGGCACCUCUUCCUUUCAUUGGGAACCUGCACUUGUUGGAUCUCAGGAGACAGGACAAGUCACUGAUGAAGAUUUCAGAGAAAUAUGGCCCCGUCUUCACCAUUCACUUUGGUCUUCAGAAGAUGGUGGUUCUGACUGGCUACCAGGCUGUGAAAGAAGCAUUAGUCGACUCUGCUGAGGAGUUUGCUGACCGCCCACCCAUCCCCAUAUUCCAACGCAUCCAGGAAGGCCAAGGUAUAUUUUUUUCAUCUGGGAAUCUGUGGAAAACCACACGCAAAUUUACCAUGUCUAGUAUGCAUAAGCUUGGGAUGGGGAAAAAGUUGAUAGCCAAGAAGAUUCUGGAAGAAUUUAGCUUCUUGGAAGAAUUAAUAGACUCUUUCAAAGGUGAACCUUUCAAGUUGAAGCUAUUCAACAUGGCUCCAACCAAUGUCAUUUUUUUCUUGCUCUUUGGAGAACGGUUUGAUUAUCAAGACCCAACAUUUGUUACUUUCAUAAGACUAAUAGAUGAAGUUAUGGUUCUACUGGGCUCUCCAUUCCUCCAUCUAUUUAAUUUCUAUCCCUUCCUUGGAUGGUUCCUCAAACCCCACAAAACAGUCUUGGUCAAAAUAGAAGAGGUGAGAGUCAUCCUAAGAAAGUACAUGGUGGCCAGUAGACAGAACAUCUCCAGAGGAUAUGUGACGAGUUACAUUGAUGCCCUGAUUCAGAAGCAGAGUGAGGAACCAAAGGAAGAUACUUAUUUCUCAGAUGAAAACAUUGUUGCCUCCAUCCUUGACCUGGUGAUGGCAGGCACUGAGACAACAGCUACUUCCUUGCAGUGGGCCAUACUGCUCAUGGCCAAAUACCCAGAGGUCCAGGCUAAAGUACAAGAUGAGCUGGACCGAGUCUUAGAAAAAAGCAGGCUACCAGAGUAUGAAGACCAAAAGGCGUUACCGUACACAAAUGCAGUAGUUCAUGAAAUUCAGAGAUUCAUCGCCCUUCUUCCCCAUGUCCCUCAUUCCACAUCGGUGGACACCCAUUUCCGAGGAUACUUUAUCCCCAAGGGCACCCCUGUAAUUCCUCUGCUUACGUCUGUGCUUCUUGAUAAGACUCAGUGGGAGACCCCAAACAAGUUCAAUCCCAGCCACUUCUUGGAUGCAGAUGGGAACUUUGUGAAGAAGGCAGCUUUCCUUCCCUUCUCCAUCGGUAAGGAUCCCAGUUUACAUUUCUCCAGGCCACCUAGGCUUUUCCGCAUGCUUCUGAAUGCAUUUAGAAUGCAGGUUUUGGAAUACAAGGACUUUGGCUUGGUUCUCAACCUGAUGAUUUGGGAUUCUGUUCCAUAUUCUAUAACUCUAUGGAUGAAUGACUUUCUCCCUCUGGGUCUCAGUUUCCUCACUUAUAAAACUAAGGGCUUGGACCAGAUGAAAUUGAAGAGACCUCUCCCUUUUUUUCACACUAUCCUUGUGAUAUGAGGGCAAAUGACAUCAUCCUCAUUUUAUGGUUGAAGAAACUGAGGCACAGAGAAAUGAUGGAAGUCUAAGUAAACACAGUGGAGUAAGAAGCAGAACCCAGGUCUUCAGACUUCCAGACCAAUGUUUUUUUCCACUAAAAUUAAUGGCUUGUAUUCAAUAGAUAUUUAUGAAGUGCCUACUAUUUGCAAAACAUGAGGCUAGAAGAUGCCAGAGAUUCAAGCAGUCUAAAGUCAACAGUAUCUCAAGGAGUUGACAUUCUGGGAGGCUGGAGUAAAAUAUGACACAUAGAAGAAUAAACAUGGUACAGCACAAGAAAAAAUGGGGAAAUCAGGGGAGUAUCCCUGGAAGAAAUGCCACUAGAGCCAAUCAGAAUCUUAAAUGAGUAGAAAUGUCAAAUAACAGGCUACGGUUAUUUUGAGUUCUUUCCUCUUCCUCUCCUCUUUAGAAAUUCCUCCCUAUUUUGGGGACCCAUCUACCCCAUUCCUAGACUCCCAUGCACGCCCAUGCUUAGAUCCUUAAUUGGCACUAUAUUAAGUGACUAAUUUACAUGAAUUCAUUAAUUUAGAUUAAGCCACCUACUGUACCAGACACACCAGAAUCUACCCAUCAUCUGCCAGCCAACUGACCUGGCCUUUGUCCAUUCUCUUGUAUUCUAUUGAAGUGGCCAAUAUCUGAUCAAUCAAUUUGUGCCAAGGUGCCAGCAGACAAUCAAUCACACUCACCCCAGUUUAGAGAAAUCAAAGAGUUAGCAUAAAGACCCUCUAGUCCAAUCUCUUUAUUUCACAGAUUGGCAGAGGGGGAAAGGGAAUGAACAUUAUCACCCCUGUCAUGUGCCAGUCACCAUGCUGAGGGCUUUUAAUUUUAAAGAUAACCUCCCUGGAUCCAACAACCAUUUGUUGAGGUAAUUUUGUAAUUUUUGUUGUUCAGUCAUGACAAUUGGGUCUGACUCCUCUUGACCCCAUUAGGGGUUUUCUGGGCAAAGAUUCUGAAGUAUUUUUUUUAUAGCUGAGGAAACUGAGGCAGAGGUGAAGUGACUUGCCUAGGGUCAUAUAGCUAGUAAGCAUCCAAGGCAAAAUUUGAACUCAAGUCUUCUUGACCCCAGACCUAUCCACUGUACCACUUAGCCACCUCAUGAGGAGACUAAGGUCCAAGAGGUGAAGUGACUUGUCCCUGUAGCAUCCAGUUCUCCAGACUUCUAGUUAAGUGAUCAUUCCUCUUCAUUCUACACCACCUCUCACUUUACCAUUUAUUUUGAAAAGCAUCUUCAUGGGACAGUGAAUGGAACACCAGUCUUAGAGUUGAGAGAACCUGGGUUCAAAUCUGACCUCAGAAACUUCCUAGCUGUGUGACCCUGGGCAAGUCACUUAAUCCCCAAUGGCUAGCCCCUAGUAUUCUUCUGUUUUAGAAUUGUUACUAAGCAAUCUAAUGUAAUGGACUUCACUAUUAGCAGCAAUGCAGUGAUCCAGAACAAUUCGAAGGAUUUAUGAGAAAGAAUGCUAUCCAUAUCCAGAGGAAGAACUGUGGGAGUAGAAACACAGAAGAAAAACAACUGCUGGAUCACAUGGGUCAAUGGGGAUAUCAUUAGGGAUAUAGACUGUAAAGCAUCACCCUAGUGCAAAAAUCAAUAAUAUGGAAAUAGGUCUUGACACAUGUUAAACCCAGUGGAACUGCACAU